AUGCCAAUCUAUGCCAACCCAAAGACAGAAUACGAAGAGUCGAAGAAACUCCUGGUCAAAGCACUGAAUGAGAAGCGCAAGAUCGACAGCGAACUCGUCGAGCUCGAACGCGCUAUCUUCACGUACGAAGGCGCCUAUCUGACGGAUACGGCCAACUCGGGUGGGAAUAUCAUGCAGGGGUUUGAGAACUUCCUGAAACCGAAUCAUCCGAAUAAGAAGAGGAUCCAGGAUGUGGGAGAUGGUGAUAGACUCUUCUCCAGCAGCAGCGCGACCUAUAGGAAGGUGUGUAAACCGCUUGCCUCUGCCGGGCUGUUUGCUCAAGACUUUUCGCUCUUGAAGGCACUGUCCGACGACAAGACUCCCACACCCGCACGGACUGCGUCUCCAACCCCGAGCAUAGCAGGAAGCAGAGCUGACGAUGGGACUGGGAAGAAAGGUAUAGGGCGUGGGAAGGCGGGUGCACUGUUUGGAAAGCGACCUCAGAAGCGGAAGCCGGAGGAUAUGGGCGAUACAGAUGGGGGCAGUGGGAGGAAGAAGAAGAGGCUGGGCGAAUAG